GAGCCAUCGGUACUUUGCCAUCCCAAAGAUAAAUAUAAAAAGAAAUUGGAAAACAAGUAAAAGUACUUUCUGCCACAUACAAGAAAAAUAAAAGCCGUCAAGCUGUUCAAUUUACCGCAAGUGUACAAACACACGACAGCCGACGCCGUCCGUCAGACAAGCAGCAGCAGCAGAAUGCCAGUGCACGAGUUCAAGGUGGAGAUGACCUGCGGCGGAUGUGCCGCCUCCGUGGAGCGAGUCCUAGAAAAAUUGGGCGAUAAGGUCGACAAGAUCAACAUCAACGUGGAGGAUCGAACUGUGACCGUGACAUCGAACCUGUCGCCGGAUGAACUAAUGGAGCAGAUCCGCAAGACCGGCAAGACUGUGACGUAUGUCGGCGUGAAGAAGGAAUGAGACCAGUUUUUCAGCAAGUUUCAGAAAUACGGCAAGCUGAAACUUGAGGUCUAGGGUGUGCGUGUGUGCAGGGCACGUGCACCCUAGAGUACGGAUGAGGGAUCUUCCACAACGUUGCCGAGAUGGGUCGCUGUUCAGUGAUAUUCAUGAGAUACAUACAAAUUUUACUCUUAAUCAAAAAAUCAAAUAAUAGGAACGGUCUACAAAUUAUACACUUAGUAUUCUUGCCCAAAUUGUAUGUAGCUCGUAGUUAACCAAUUAAAGUGUUAUUAUAUUAUAUGCAUUACUUAUGCCUAGAUGAAGAAUUUCAAAUUCAAAUUUAACAAAUCAAAGGGUCAAGCUUAAAGUUUUUUGCCUCGGUAGAUAUACUCGUAUUUAGGGGUAUCGUAUCCAAUUAAAUCCAAUGUAGUUGCCAACAAAUGAUA